CCUACUUGGCAUGGGCCUUGGGAUUGAGGCGGCUCCACUCUCUGCACCGGUCUGAGAGUGCUGCCCGUCAUGGGGACAGCCAUCUCCCAAGGGGCCCUCAUCGCUAUGGUCUGCAAGGGCCUCGUAGGCUUCUUACUGCUGCUGCUUUGGGUCAUUCCUGUGCUCUCACUCUGCCGAUAUGGAUUCUCCGAAUCCAGUCCCAACUCCAGCCCUGGCCCUUGUCCUAAGAAGGUGCCAGGACCCCAGAAGCUUAGCCAAGAAGGCAGCUACCUCCUGCAGCCCUGA